AUUUUUCACUUUUCAGACAUUUGUUUCAUGUUGCUUAUGAAUCACAAUAUUCCUAGUCCAAGAAUUGCCAGGGCAAAUUUGAGUCUAGAAAAUCGAAAGAAAGAGGCAGACGAAAUUCUGAAGUUUCUGAGUGAUUCAACAGACAUGAAGGAAACGAAAUUCACGUGUCAAGUAUGCAAUAAAACCUAUGUGUUAGAGAGGAACCUAACAAAACAUAUGAACGAGAAACACCAAAAUGAGAGUCUCAAACCCACAAUUCGACAUCAAAUACCGAUUAAAGAACAUAUUCAGUUGAACGAGGAGUUCUCAAGAAUCGAGCGUAGCGAUUUAAAUCUCUGUACGCAGCAAGCUUUUCCCCGCGAUAGUUCCGCCGACUCAACGAAUACUUCAGAUGAGAGAUCUUCCGUAAAUGGAUCCCGGUCUCUGAAUUCCGACUCAUCAGAAGAUAGUUUGACCAGUGAACAUAAUGUCAAAUUAAUUACCGCCAAACGGCGCACUGCACAACUGCGAAGAAAUUCGAAAAAGUCUUCCUGUAAUUUGCCGGAAACGGAAAUGCAGUUGAAAGAGAAAGUUACUCCUAGCUUUGAUAUUAGAACACCAACGAAAGAUUUGGAAAGCCCUAAGGGCACUUGUGAAAUCAGUGUCCUCGACAAGGUAGAGCCAUCUGUUUCUGUUGUAUCUAUUCUCAAGUCCACGAAUAACAAUGCUCCUAUCAAAGAAAUUUCUCAAAAUACGAGUAGAUGUAAUAAUAAUCAUAAUCAUGAUAAUAAUAAUCAUAAUAAUGAUGAUCAUAAUAAUAAUCAAAAUAUUAAUAACAGUCAUAACACUCAUGAUAAAAGAAAAUCUGUUACCGCUCAGAGUUUCAGUCCGGCGACUGUUGCAAAAGUGACUCAUGCCAAAGAUAUUGAAUAUCUGGAACAACUAAGAGAAGACAUUUCAGAGUUGCUCAAAGAGAGUCGAGAAGCCAUGAAACGAUGCAUUUGUAAGUGCGCGCAGAAUAACCAAAACAAUGUUAGUUUUGACCAGAACGCGAAGACUGCAAUUACUGUACAAACUCAGACAAGUGUGCAAUAUCAGAAGAAGUUUGUCCAAGCGUCUGUUAAGACGAGGAACAUGCAAUGUCAAACUGAAACGGAAGAAAAUAGAUUCAAUCAGGAGACGUCAACAGUUGACCUAAAAUGGGGUCAAGAUGUUGCAGCUCAAACUGAUAAUUCUAGAAGGACUACAGAUUCUGAAGCAAUGACCGAAGAAUUAAUGCGAUUUAAUGCCAGUGAUGUUUCUAAUAAUAAUAAUAAUCAUAAUAACGAAGUUCAUAUUGCCCCGAGUGUAAAGAAAUCAGGUCUCAAAGCCGAUUUGCAGGACUUAAAAACUUUGACGCAGCAGUUAAUGAGCGACGAAAAGCCGGAUUAUUUGAACGAGAGCGCAAUAGGGGGAAGUGUGAAUGAAUUAGUGCUGAAUGAGAGUUUCUUUGUGGAGUCUUUGAAGGACAUGGCAUCCAACAAUCAGCCUGCUGUCUCUACUCAGUUGGAAUAUCCUACGUAUACUGCCUCGAGAGAACCCGAAAUUGAGAAAUCACAGGCGAGUGUUAUAUCUUUUCUGCAAACACAGGCAACACCUAAAACGAAGAAAAAGAUAAAUGAAAAGAGGACGCCACAACCCACUACAAGCGCAGCUGAAGUCGAAUCGCAGGCUUCUCCCAGGGAGAGUGCGUUGGCGAAGUUGAAGAAACAAGUCAGUAGUAAUUCUGGUGCUUCUCCAAUUAAAGGGAACACCAUGCAGUCAAUGACACCCCCGAAGAGGGCUACUAAGAGGCAACGAGCCACUGACGUUUCAGGAUGUUCUGAAAAAAUACACCAGAAAAGAAGCAAAGUUGACAAUGAGACAAAAGAUACCCCGAACGAAGUCUUUUCGAGUAGUUUUGACUCGUUGUUUAUGGCAGCAGAAGGCAUGAAUCAAGCUGAAAGUGAAAUACGGACAAAUAACGUAGAAAUUGCAACCGUUGAAAACGAAGAUCAAGCUCUUGGUGACUCAGCAUUUAUUUCGUCUUUUCUCUUAUUAGAUGAAAGUGUGUCCGAAAAAACGAAAAAGAACGAAAAGAUUAAAAUGGUAAAUGAUGCUGAUACAGCAGUAACUAAUUGCGACAAAGUGGAAGAAAAUGUUGAUUUAAACAGCUCAAAGGUGUUCACGGAGAAAAAUUUGACAAGUCAACCGUGUCAAGUAGAACGAAACCAGACGCCUUACGCGAGAAACGUACGCCAUGAAGAGACGCCGCCGGUUGAGCAGCAGAGUGUGAUUGGCGAGGAACAUGUCAUGAGGAAAGUAGUGUUGUCUAUGUCAUCUUUGGAGAAGAAAGAAAUGCUUACAGUGAAGUCGGUGUGCAAAAAACUGGGUGGGGUUUGUGGGAAGCAGGUGACUGACCAGACGACACAUCUGGUAGUAAAGAGGGUACCAGAUUCAGAGAGUGGAGGGAGGAGGGCGUGUCAAAGGACCCUGAAGUACCUCGAAGCUGUAUCCAAGGGCCUCUGGAUUGUGGAUUUAGCCUGGAUCGAAGAGUGUGCCAAGCUUGGGAGGAGAGCACAUGAAGCUGACUUCGAGAUAGAAGGAGAGAUGAUAUUCGGGCUGAGUCACAUGGGACCGGCCAGGGCAAGACAGAGACGGCUAACUGGUGACCACCUGUUGGGGUUCUGUGCCUUCCACUGUCCGGCAGAGUUUGGUGAUAUGGGGAUCGAAGUGAUAGAGAGACUCAUCAAAAAUGCUGGUGGAAUCUACGUACACGACCGCAAAAACUUUAAAAAGGACUGCUAUGGAAGUAGACGCCGCAUACUCCUCGUGGAUGAUGACUUCUCCACCUCUAUCAGAAAAAUAGCAGACGAGUGCUGCCUACCAUUGAUCAGUCGUGAGUGGCUAUUGGAUUCCUUGACCCAAAGCAAGUUGCUUUCACGCAAGAAAUUUAUUCUGUAUAAUGGAGAAAAAAGCUCAUCAGAUUUGGAUAAAACAUUAGUUUGAUUCUAAAUACAAGUUUCUGUUAGACAUAAAAUGAAUUGUUUUGACUAUUAUGUAUUGCUGAAAUUGAAAAUUAUGUCACGGAAAAUUUUUGUUUCUUGUU